UCACAGCAGGAAAUGGUGAGACAAAGGGCACUGGCUGGCAGGGAGACAGCACAGGCAGGCCCUAGAGCUUCCUCAGUGCAGCUGGACUCUCCUGGAGACCUUCACACACCCUGAUAUCUGGGCCUUGCCCCACGAGGGUGCUUUCACUGGUCUGAACCAUGGCCCAGGCCCUGGGAUUUUGAACAGCUCUGCAGGUGAAUGAAAGGUGCGGCCAGGCUGGGGAACCAGCGCAUUAGAGGCAGACCUGGUUUUCAGCCCCAGCCCCGCCACUGACUGGCUUUGUGAGCGCGGGCAAGUCACUCAGCCUCCCUAGGCCUCAGUGACUUCCCUGAAAGCAAGAAUUCUGCUUUCUUGCUGUUGUGAUGGUGUUAAGGGAAUGGGCCUUGCUCUGGCCCCUGAUGCAGGAACAUGGAGCUGAUCCAGGACACCUCCCGCCCGCCACUGGAGUACGUGAAGGGGGUCCCACUCAUCAAGUACUUUGCAGAGGCACUGGGACCCCUGCAGAGCUUCCAGGCCCGGCCCGAUGACCUGCUCAUCAGCACCUACCCCAAGUCCGGCACUACCUGGGUUAGCCAGAUUCUGGACAUGAUCUACCAGGGCGGCGACCUGGAGAAGUGUCACCGAGCUCCCAUCUUCAUGCGGGUGCCCUUCCUUGAGUUCAAAGCCCCAGGGAUUCCCUCAGGGAUGGAGACUCUGAAAGACACACCGGCCCCACGGCUCCUGAAGACACACCUGCCCCUGGCUCUGCUGCCCCAGACUCUGUUGGAUCAGAAGGUCAAGGUGGUCUAUGUUGCCCGCAAUGCAAAAGAUGUGGCGGUUUCCUACUACCACUUCUACCACAUGGCCAAGGUGCACCCUGAGCCUGGGACCUGGGACAGCUUCCUGGAGAAGUUCAUGGUCGGAGAAGUGUCCUACGGAUCCUGGUACCAGCACGUGCAGGAGUGGUGGGAGCUGAGCCGCACCCACCCUGUUCUCUACCUCUUCUAUGAAGACAUGAAGGAGAACCCCAAAAGGGAGAUUCAAAAGAUCCUGGAGUUUGUGGGGCGCUCUCUGCCAAAGGAGACCGUGGACUUCAUGGUUCAGCACACGUCAUUCAAGGAGAUGAAGAAGAACCCUAUGACCAACUACACCACCGUCCCCCAGGAGUUCAUGGACCACAGCAUCUCCCCUUUCAUGAGGAAAGGCGUGGCUGGGGACUGGAAGACCACCUUCACCGUGGCGCAGAAUGAGCGCUUCGAUGCAGACUAUGCGGAGAAGAUGGCAGGCUGCAGCCUCAGCUUCCGCUCUGAGCUGUGAGAGGGGCUCCUGGGGUCACUGCAGAGGGAGUGUGUGAAUUAAGCCUAACCAAGGGGCGAAUCAAUCCUGACCAAGAAUAAAAUAUCAAUUGAGGGCCAGGGACAGUAGGUCAUGCCUGUAAUCCCAGCAAUUUGGGAGGCUGAGGUGGGAGGAUCAUUUGAGCUCAGGAGUU